UAUUCUCUGUGAGCCUUCAAGGUUUACAUUUAAAUACUCCCGUCCCUUGCUCAGAGAGAGAGAGAGAGAGAGAGAGAUGGAGACUAUUGCAGAAGCUGAGGUAAACCAAACCAUGUCAGAAUCAAAGGAGCAAUCCACAUCCACACCGGAGCCGGUGAGCUCGGCGUUGGAAGAUGUGCUAUCGGAUACGAGUUUGUCGUACGUACAGAGACUACAACGAGCCACAACCAUUGAACUUAAUACUCUCUUCAAGCUUGCGGCUCCUGCAAUUGUAGUUUACUUGCUCAACAAUGUCACUUCCAUGGCCACCCAAAUCUUUUGUGGCCAUCUUGGAAAUCUUGAGCUUGCUGCUGCUUCUCUUGGCAACAAUGGCAUCCAAAUCUUUGCCUAUGGUGUCAUGCUUGGAAUGGGAAGUGCAGUGGAGACACUAUGUGGCCAAGCCUAUGGAGCUCAUAAGUAUGGAAUGCUAGGCAUAUAUUUACAAAGAUCAGCAAUCCUCCUCAUGGCAACAGGCAUUCCAGUCACACUCAUCUACAUAUUCUCUAAGCCCCUCCUCCUGUUGCUCGGCGAAUCGUCAGAAAUAGCGUCUGCAGCCUCCAUAUUCGUAUACGGUCUCAUCCCACAAAUCUUCGCAUACGCCGCCAACUUCCCCAUUCAAAAAUUCUUACAAGCACAGAGCAUUGUAACCCCGAGUGCCAUAAUCUCUGCGGCCACACUAGUAUUUCACUUGAUUGUGACGUGGCUCGUGGUGUACAGGUUGGGUUGGGGAUUGUUGGGUGCUUCACUGGUGUUGAGUUUGUCAUGGUGGAUUGUGGUGGUGGCUCAAUUUGUGUAUAUAUUGAUGAGUAGUAGGUGCAAGGAGACAUGGAGUGGGUUCAGUUUGCUGGCAUUUUCUGGGCUGUGGGAUUUCUUGAAACUGUCUGCUGCUUCUGGGGUUAUGCUGUGUUUGGAGACUUGGUAUUAUCAGAUUAUUGUUUUGAUUGCUGGGUUACUUGAAGAUGCUGAGAUUGCCUUGGACUCUCUUUCUAUUUGCGACCUUGACGCCGUCUCUCCACAACUAACUUUCGAUGUGCCAAUUCUCUGGCUGGGGGUUGCUGUUGGGUGUGGAUGGCAAGCAUUUGUUGCGUACGUAAACGUUGGAUGUUAUUACGUGGUUGGUAUUCCACUAGGUGCACUACUCGGCUUCAAAUUCAAUCUUGGUGCUAAGGGAAUAUGGUCAGGGAUGAUAACGGGCACCUUGAUUCAAACUAUUAUUUUAAUAUGGGUAACUUUUCGGACCAAUUGGGAUAGAGAGGUGGAGAAAUCAAGGGAUCGAUUGGAUAAAUGGGCAGACAACAAGGAAGAUGAGCCUCUUUUGUCAAGCUCAUGAGUUGCAGGUCACACAGCAUGGCCCAAUUGCCCCUUAAAAAUAACUUCUAUAUAUGAGGCCAUAUGACAACAGUAUUAGAAUGUGUAUCGGCAUGAGCUAUAUAUGUCACAUAUUGGACAGUAAUAAUUGAAAUAUUAAUAAAUA